AUGACCGUGCCUCUGCUUCAAACGCUGAUUGACUCUGAAAAGGUAGUCGCUGUACGGCCGCUUCCCUCCACACGUUACGUCAAAGCCGAUCUCAGCUUUGUCGGUACAGGCGACAUCCAGGCCAUGCGGCUGCUCAACGUUAACACCCGGAAACUGGAGGAGUUCUUCGGUGAUUCGAUCCCUCCAUACGCAAUCUUAUCGCAUACCUGGGGAAAGGAAGAGGUUUCGCUACAAGAUUUGUCAAGAGAAGGGCACCAGCAGAAGCAAGGCUACGGCAAGAUAGAAGGGUGCUGUCAACAGGCGAUCAAAGACCGCCUACUCUGGGUAUGGGUUGACACUUGCUGCAUCGAUAAGACGAGCAGCGCGGAACUUUCCGAAGCCAUUAACUCUAUGUUCCGCUGGUACCAGCAUUCUAGGGUGUGCUAUGCCUAUCUGCAGGAUGUGCCCUCUGGAACAGAUGUUUACGCGCAGGGUUCUGCUUUCCGAAAGAGUCGAUGGUUUACUAGAGGCUGGACACUACAGGAGCUACUUGUUCCCCAAAAAAUCGAGUUUUACGACACCAAUUGGACGCACAUCUUUCUUCUCAACACCAUUAACUACCCCACCACGGGCCCAGUCGACAUAAUCAGCGAUAUCACGUCCAUCGACUAUGCCACCUUCCGCCACUACAACGUCUUGUCCCCUGUUUCGUCUGUACCGGCAGCCUGUGUAUUCUCGUGGAUGGCGAGGCGGAGCACUACUCGUGUGGAGGACGAGGCAUAUUGUCUGCUCGGUCUGUUGAACAUAAACAUGCCGCUGUUGUAUGGAGAGGGCGAGAAGGCUUUCAUCCGGCUUCAAGAAGCUAUUUUGAGCGGUUCCGAUGACAUUAGUCCUCUGGCUUGGGGAUAUCACAGCCCUUACAUGCGUAAUAUGUCAUACCUUGCAAGAUCACCAGCAGUAUUUAUUGGCUAUCCGAAAAAGUAUGAUUAUCGCAGGGAGCGAAUACCAACGAUACAUACUACCGUCACUGGGCAUGGCUUGCACAUUGAGCUUCGCAUGAUCCUCGUCGAUAAACGAAGCAAAGUGUGGUUAGGCAUCGUAGAAGAAGGGGAUCUUGGCACUGGUACAGGUAUCGCCAUCGUUCUACAGCAAAUCCGGAAUCUCGGCUCAAAAGUCCCGCAAUUCGCCAAAGAUAUGCACUGGCAACACUACUUCGCUGCGAGGAACGUGACUACCAACGAGAUUGGUUACGUGUACGCCACAGACGGACCACGGAAUCGAAGGGGGGAGAUCGAAUCUUGUGAUCUUUGGUGGAAGAAGGGUUUCUACUCCUAA